UAAAUCCCCCCGACGGGCGCUGGCUCGUACGGCCGCCAUAUUGGGCAGCGCAGCUUUACCCGGUGACCCGCUGAGCCUGAUUUACUGUGCCCCAUGUCGGGCGUGCGCCUGUCCCCGGGCUCUCCGGGUGUGGAGCGGGUGUCCCGGGCCCCGGGCUCGCCCCGCACCCCCGCCCGCCGAUGCCUGUUCGGCCCGGUAGACCAUGAGAGCCUGGCCCGGGAGCUGGCCCGGUGCCGCCGGGAGCUGGAGGACGAGCAGCGGGAGCGCUGGAACUUCGAUUUCUGCAACGAACGCCCGCUAGACGGCGCCCUGAGCUGGGAGGUGGCGGGGCCCGACACACCCGAGUUCUACCGGCGGGGGCCACACCUCAAAGCGGGCGCCGCGCAGCUACACCCGCAGGAAGAGCCGGAGGCCCGAGGGAAGAAGAGGAGCGGAGAAGUGACGGAACCUCCCUCGUCCAACGCGAGGAAAUCCCACCGGUCGGAGCCUGGAGAAUCGGCGGAGGGCAGCUCGUCUCCUUCACCGGAGAAGACCCCCAAGAAGAGCCGACCCAGCACGUAGAGCGAAGGGUACCAGGCCCGCCUUCCUCCAGUGCCGGCUGACUCCUGCCCACUCAGCCCGCGGACUCUGUCACUGGUGGGAGACUCCUGAAGCACUGAUACAGAGUAACACUAAAUACCCCGGGCAUGACAUGUAGCAUUGUGCAACGAGGCACCUUCGUAUUCUCUUACCGCCCGUGUGCCCGCCGCCGCCGCCCCCUUGUGUAGCACAUAAAACGUUUUAGAGAGGGGCGGCGUGCGAGACGGAGUCACACUGAUCUGAGUGAAGAGAAGCAUUGGAGCGCGCACACCGGGUCACUCGGCUGAUCUGCGAAUUCUACCGCAACGUCCGGUCUGCAACACAUUGGGGUCAAUUUCCGAAAAAGUUUAACUGCCACAGUCUUGUGGAAUGAAAGGGUUAAUAUGGCGGCCAGUUUUGGGCAGAACUGAGGGGGUAAGAACCCAUGUUGGGCCAUGAUGGUGGUCAUUGGCCGACCUCGUAUAUACAGCCCGUCAGUGUCUGAUUGAGAAGGGAUCGGCGCCACCUACUGACUGUGUGUGGUUUUGCCCCCCAACAAAUAGAACAAAUUGAAAAUAAAAUUUUAUUGGGGGCGCGCCAAAUUUGAAAUCUAAAUAUUUAACAUUCCGUAUUUUAAUUUGAAUUACAACAGAUCCCAGGGAAGGAGAAUUUUCUUUGUAAAAAUUUUGUUACAAAAUAAAUAAAUAAAUGGAAAAAAAAAAUUAGCAAAAUGCUAAAUUUGGGCAAAAAUUACAUUUAGAACACAAUAUGUGAAACCCCUCCCCCCCCCAUCACUCAUUUGUUUUGUAUUUUUGUAACCAAUGUGUUCAGACCUUUCGUUGCUGGAAGACGGCUCCACAGUGUUUUUUGUUUUUCGUUUUUUUUAUAUUACAUUUUUUUUAUGUUCUGUAAAUAAAAAUAUAUCUAUUUUUUAAUUUGUAAUAAGGUUUGAAAUUGAGAAAAAAAAAAUCUUGAUUUUCGUGAACACUGGCCACAUGCUGUGUGAAGAAAAAAGAAAAGAAAAAUAUUGUCUGGUUGUAAGCUUUAUCUUUUUCAGUCAACCAUCGCAUUUCCGUUAUUAAAAAAUAAUUUUUUUUUCAUAUCCGCACAGUACGAAACGCCAUUUUUAUUUUUUGUUCCCCCUCCCGCUGUCAAAAGGAGGGGGAAUUUAAAGAGUUUUUUUUUUUUUUUUCACUUUUGAUGUGUCAGAAGUUUUGCUAGGUGGGGGCACUGGGUGCUCUGGUUCAGCUGAAUCCUGGGCCUCUUUGAUUGUAUCUGUAAACAGCUAACCCCGCCCCUGAGGAGUCUCCUUAUAAAAAAAAUUGCAAGAAUCUGAUUACUACAUCCUUUGCAGAUGGAAAAUGUUCUUGCCCAUUUCUGUCUUUAUCUCAGUGCUGUGCUAUCUCUAUCUUAAAGUAACAGUACGCCACCCUAUGACAUUCCUUAAGUAGAGUAAGCUCCAAGAAGUCUGUGUAAACAGCUAACCCCACCCAUGAGGAUUCUUCACAAAAAAAAUAGCAGUAAUCUGAUUUACUACAUCCCUAAAUAAAAUGUCCAUUUUCUGUCCUUAUCUCAGUGCUAUCUCUGUGUUAAAUUACCAGUAAGCUAUCCCAGGACAUUCAAGUAGAGUUGGCUCAUAGAAGUCUGAGUCUGUAAACAGCUAACCCCACCCCUGAGGAUUCUCUAUAAAAAAAAAUUACAAGAAUCUCAUUACUAUAUCCAUGACAGAUGGGAAUACUCUUGUCCAUUUUCUUCUGUUAAAUCAGUGCUAUCUCUGUCUUAAUGUAGAUGCAGAGAAGUAGGAGUCUGUAAACAGCUAACUCCGCCCCUGAGGAUUCUCCACAAAAAAUUGUGUACAUUAAAAAGAAAAAAAAUUAUCCUAUCCAUUCCUGACAGUUUUGUUCCCUUUAAGACAGAGACAGCAUUGUGUUUAAGAAACUGUAUGCUAUACUAGUUCUCUGCUUGAGAUUGGUAGUAAAGAAGUCUAUGAAUCUGUACACAUAUAACCCCGCCCCCGAGGAGAGCUGAUCAUGGCAAUGUUCUUGCAGGCUUCAGUAAUAAAAUUGCAAAAAUCCUAUUACUUCAUCCGUGACAAUUCUUCCUGCCCUUUAUCUGUACAGUACACUAAAUUAUUACUUUUCUGAAGUAGAUUUUGUUAUCAUUGAACAGACCUCUAGAAGGCUGAGUCUUCACAUGGUUAACUCCGCCCCUGAGGAGACCUGAGCAGCAGCAAACACAAUAAUCUGGAUUCAAGCUGCAAUGAAAGGAGUUCUCCUUAAAAAUAAUUAAAAAAAAAGUCUAAGUAAUGCAGAUUUGUCUUCCUACCCGUUUUCUGAGUACUGUCUCUGCCUUAAAGGAACAGUACGACACAUUAGGACUGCACUCAAUUAGAUAUGGUUGUUAAUGUACUGGCUCCCUACCCAGCUAUCCCCGCCCCUGAGGAGCGCCAAGCAGAACUAAUCAAAGCUCUUAGUAAUAGGUACGGGCCUCAGCACCCAGACCCCUACUGAUCAAACCUGCCGACAUGUCAAAGUUUAAAAAAAAAAAAAUGACUCCCCCUCCCCAUCCCCCAUACCGUAUAUAAUUUAGGUCAAUUUUAUUCAGAUGCAUCUCCCAUUCAAUGCCUUGUACCGUACCAGUAAUGCACUUCCCGGGCACCCGAACCAGCUGUGCCCGGCAAUAAUAACCCUCUCUCCUCGCCGCCGCUGCUCGAGCGUGGUGUCUGUAUGUAGCAAACUCUUUUUGGUGACCAAUGUUGAGGUGUGUAUGUGAAUUGCUGUGUAAAGACACUGAAACCUUUUACUAAUUUAUUUAUGUUUCUAAAAGAAAAAAUUUUUUUUGUUUAAUCUAGAUUUUUUUUUUUUUUUCAAAAAAGAAAAAAAAAAAAAAGCCAAAGCGGCAGAUUUUGUGCAUCUGUAAAUGCUGUUGAUAUAUAAAUGUUUAUUUUGUUUUAGUUUUUUUUUUGUUGUAGCAGGAAUUUUUUUAUGACAUUUUUUUUAUUUUUUUUUUGUAAUAAUUUUGGCUGUAGAAAAAUAUAUAUAUAUAUAUAUA